UUGUGUGACUAUUGGAGAAGUAUUAGAUGCUCAUGGAUGGCGGCAGUAUUCUCAGACAAGGCGGAAUUUAACUCUUUUGAGAGUGAUACACGGUGGAUAAAACUUCUCAAAAACCAACCGAGGGAGAGAUUAGUUAGAAUACACAAGGUAGAUAUGAUUAAAAUGGUAUAAAUAAAUCUAGUGAAUCUCUUAGGAACUAGAAAAACUAGUAAUAUUUCGUUAUGUUUCUUCCUUUUAUCGGAGAUAACUGUGCUUGAAUUAAAUGAUGUAUUUUAUACACCUUCUAAUAUCAUAACUCUAAUCGAAAGUUGGCCAUUUUAAAAGCCUAAAUUCAAUUUCAAUCAGUCAUAUAAACCAGUUGAUAAAAUUGUUUUGGUUUACAACAGUAAAUAGAUUUAAAAAAUGAGAUAAUGAUAAGUGAUAAAAAAGUAAUGACAGCUAAUCUUUAAUAUCGUGGUGGAUUGAGUUGAACGGAAGUAAAUCGUUAUAAUGACAAGAUAGAAUUUCUCGGGGGAACUUAUCAGAUAACAAAGUGGUGUGUCAUUAUUACCUACAGUAACUUAUAUUGGCAUUGUAAAUUCUUUGGACACCUAGUUCUUACACUAAAGAAGAUUAAAAAGCUAAAAAGGCUUAGAAGCAUGUACAAUGUAACCAGUUUGUCAACGGCUGGUUCAGAAAAAAUCAGUAGUUGAAUGCAAUGGAUACAUAGUUGUGAUAGCCAAGGUAUGUAACGAUAAUAAUAUGCACUAACUGAACAUGAUUUUUUUAUUAAAUAACUUAUUCAUUAAAAUAAAUAUAUUUUAUAAUAAUUUAAAUCUGAUUAUAUUCCCUUUAAACAUAAACAUUAUAUUGUAUACUUAUUGCGACGGAGCGAUAAAAGUUCGUUUACUUUAAACAACUUGCCUAUAACCGUUCUCGGUUUGAGUCACGCCAGCGUGCGUUCAUGUGAGUUGACGAUAUAUCGUUGGUUCUACUCGCCAUAUGACCUCUACUUGGUUGCUGCGACGUUAACCAAAAACUAUAUCUUUAAUCUUUACUGCUUACAUUUUGUAUUUAAUUCUAGGCUAAUAAUUAGUUUUAGGCAUCUCUUAAAACGUAUUUCUUGUUUGUUUCAGGUUCUUCAUUCCCAACGUUUUAGUGGGAAGCCAUUGCGCCCAUGGGUUGUGGCAGAUAAGUAUGGGACUGUAGCAGCUGUUCACUGUAAUUGUAUGGUAGGUCUUGGAGAGGCCUGAUCACACAUAACCGCGCUGUUUUUCGACAUAGAUGCAACUGUACGCAUAAGAAACUCUAAAAUUGUAUAUGUUAUUGUAAUUGUAAACGUAAAUUUAAACAUUCUCUGGAUGCUUUCUAAAGUCCAGCCACUGUAUGUCAGACGCCAAAACUUCAUAGAGAAGACAGCGCACCAGAAGCUACCGAUGAAGAUAUCACAUUUCUAUAGAAAAUAUGGCUAAAUGUAACCCCACUUCUACCAGUUUAUCAAUUAUCAAAAGACUACAAAAGUAUUGACUGAACUGAAAGUUGAAAAUUGUAUUUCCAUGACCUGAAUGAGCUGAAAAAGCACCGUGUCCCUUUAAUGAACUCAAUAUAUCAUAAGGCACUCAAAAGAAGGGUGAUGUUGAAAAUGUAACAUAAGAACAGUCUUUAUGCACAUUUUGGAAUACAUCCCACGCUUGACGGGUUACAGCUUCUUAAGCAAAGGUUCUGUAUAAAUUUCCAGUUAUACUCUUGACCAAAGAGCAUGACCAAAGGAUGUAUUUCCAUGCCUCUGCUGACAAACAGCAAUUGUAGGGACCAAGUGUCCUUUCAACAGUAGUAUUAAGUUCUUGAAAAGUACGACUACUUAAUAAUUGAUGACAGUGGUGAACAAAAUAUCAGUAUCAAUACCAAGUACAAACUCAAUUGGGCUGUUCGAAUCUUGAAUUUCGCUUUUUUCUUGUGUGGGCUGAAAAUGAAAUUCAUGUUCAACAGGUCAUGUUUAACUAGGUUGUUUUGGAAAAUAUAACGUUUUGCGCCCAAGCUAUUUUCAAUGUUGGCAUCCUUCCAGAACUUGUAGAAAAAUAUUACUCGCGUUUCCUUCUUUGAAUAAGGCGGCAUUGUAACCAACAGCAUCUUGUACCACACCCCAAAUACUGUUCUUUCGGCUGUGUAUUCAAGUAACGAUCGGAAUGAUUAGUCGCAUGACUCCAAAGUACUAUACUGCUUUUGCCAGAAAGAAACUAAUAGGAGUAAUGAUUACCUGUGAGAAUCAGAUCUGUAACAAUGACUUUGUUUCAUUAUCAGUGUGCGGGAAUUAAGCGCAAACCUCGUGGAUGGCAAGGAAUGCAAGCGUAAAUUAACACAAGCUAGUUAUGGAAAUACUAAACUAAUGGCAAAGAACACAGAGCAACUAUGAUAUUUAUACUUCUUUAAUAAUGAUAUGAAAACUAUACUGUAUAUAACACGUUUACCUUACCAAAAUUCCUUCUAGAGCAAUAAUAAAGUUAUAGAUAUGGUGGUAAACAGGACUCCAGAUAGAGAAGCUGGAAAAAAAGAUUAAUAUGUAUCUUCAAAGAUAUAUAUUUUUAACAGCUAAGUAGAGUUCUCCGACCAGUGAGAAAUUGAUUAAAAUGUUCACUACCGCUCGCUUUCUACAUUCUAUUAAUUAAUCAACAGUCCGUUCAUAAUCUAAUCGAUAACGAUUGUUAAACGGCAUCAAAGUCAUGAAGUAUCCUUUAACUUGAAACGGGCUAUAACUGACCGGACAAUUAAACCUUGAAAAAGUAAAACUUCAUGAUAUCAAAAUGGCGCUGACCAUAAAUUAAAUUGGCGCGCUCCAUAUACAUUAUGAAUGCUUUGGAUUUCUUGGAAAGUCUUAUAUCGUCAUGUCUCAGUGAGUUUCAUCAAACAUAGUUCUUCCUUCUCAUGAGAAGGAAGAAUAUGAUAGUAUAUUGAUAUCAUAUUGAAAACUAUGUUCAGGUUUCUCUUUUAUAAAAGUUAUAUAGUAUAUUUUGACUACAGGUGUAAAUUUAAAGCACAUGAGUUAUAUGACACUAUAAGAAAAACAUUAAAGCAGCACACCUACAGAUAAACACAAAUCGGAUUGUAAUAUUCAUAUUCAACUUUUAAUCAUAAAAUAAUACAUGAUAUUGGUACUGCUUUGUCUUGUACAAAACAAUUACAUUCAUGUAUAUUAAUAUGUGGUACUUAAAUUAAAUGUGAUAGAAAAUUUUUAAUCUUGUUGAUUUUGUUGCCCUGUGUAACUUUUUACAUGCAUUGACAACAAUGAAGAGUAUACAAUCUUUCUCAAUUUUUAGUUAAAGUCAGAUACAGUGUAACAUAGAUUAACUAAUCAACAAGCCAGAAUUAUCACUAUAUCCAUUAUGGUUAUGCCCCCACUAUCCUUUGUCGUUAAAAUGUUGAUCGCUAUAAAAUCAUUUACAGAGAGUGACUACCUUAUAGCAAUUAGUGACUUUGGCUUUUACAGCAACCGGUGACACCAAAAGCAACCGUUUGCUUUCUUUAACAACCAUUGACUUCCAUAUCAACCAGUGAUUUUUCAAAGAAACCAUUGUUUUUUCCAUAGCGAAAUGUAAACUGUCAAUACCAACCAAUGACUUUCAUAGCAAACACUGACUUUUUACAUAGCAGCCAGUGAUUUCUUAAGCAAACGUUAUAUCAACGAGUGUAACUACCAUUGUAUUCCAUAACAAUCACUGUUUUCCGAGGAAACCAUUGAUUUUGCAGCCAGUGACUUCUUUCGUAACUAUUGUUUUCCCUUAGCAAUGGCAACCAGUAAUUUGUUCACACAUGCACUGUCAGAUACAAAUAUAAACUUUGUGAUUUCAGUUUUUUUAUCUGCUUUUCAUUUAUAGUUUACAAUAUACUAUGUUCCUUGUUAUUAAGAGCAUUUUUUAUCAAGUGAGUGAAAUUAGGGCCAUCAUGUCCCGCUUGUUUAUAAAAAACCUUUGAGUUGCCCCCUUUAGACCGUCAUUAAGUACAAAUGUGUAUAUCCGAACGUUUCAUAUUGCUUUACACAUAUACUUUUCUCAAUAUUGUUUUUGCAGAAACUCUGUUCAUUUCUUUCAAAUGAUCUCGAUGCAGCAGCUGCGUUGGCAAUGGAUUUUUCCAAGUGGCAACGAUGUUUAGAUAUUGACCACACUAUCAACAAAGUUUUCAUUUUUUUACGAGACGGUUUCUCUAUUGGUCCAGACAUAAUCUUGCGGAAUGAAGGACGCCACAAAGCUUUCGUACGAAUGGCAAAAUGCUACUUCAAUAUUUUCUUGAUCAUACCGACUGUGAAGAUAUUGAUGCGUUGGAAAUAUUUGCAAAAUCGCUGUUAGCAACUCAGAGUUUCAAAUCGGCUUCAAAAUAUUGCCAAUUGGCAAUUAAUUGUUGCGAGACAAGAAACGGAAUGACAGUUAAGCGACUUCAGAAACUCCAACACGAGAUAAACUUAAAAACGUCGGUAUCAACUCAAUUGAUAACGAUCUCUAAUGCUGGACCAUGCAUUACACAGACAGAUCAUCAGCCAAAAAAAGAGGACAAAAUUCAAAAUGGAAAGGAGAAAACAAGUCGAAGAAGGAGGCCAAACAGAGCAAAACAGCACGAAAAACAAAAAUGUAAUCAUAGCCAAACAUCAAAUUCUUCAAAAAAUUUGCCACAAGAAACAACUAUCAUUUAUAAACAAUCCACCUCUCAAAACAAAGAUGAAGUCAAAAAUAAUAAUUUUGAAAGUGAUGAAGAAAAGUAUGUUUUUGAAAGUGUGACGGACAAAGUUUCCGCUAUAUGUUCACAACUGUCACCAUUAGAUGGCUCGUGUAGUUCCUCAUCAGAUCAGAAUUUCUCGACCGAAAGUAUGUGUGAUGAUAAAGAAGAAACGUCUUAUUAUGAAAGAAGCAAAUCUAAACACGAUGGAAGAACUAAGGCUAAAGAAGAAGGUCUACUAGAUAUGGUUAUAAAUCUCGAUCCGUCUUUUCUUCGUAAAUUUGAGGAUAGACAUCCAGAUGUGUUAAAGCGAAGGCAGGUGUAUGAAAGCAUGCUACCAAAACCUGAUCUUGAAAAUCUUUUGACUGAUGAAAACAAAUAUGUCAGAGGAACAAUACAGAUUGAUGGGCCGCAUGAUGCAACUUUUUUUCCUAUAGCCACAACGAACUGCAGUAUUCCUAUCAAAAUACAAGGUAGAGGAAAAAUCGGACAAACAUUUAAAGGAGAUGAAGUUGUUGUUGAGCUAAUCGAUGACAAAAAGAAUCCAGAUAAGAGGUUUGGAAAAGUUAUCGGUAUAUUUGACAUAAUGAAGCAUGACAAUGUGAAACAAAAAAUAUUUGCUUGUACGCUAGAUGAAGAAAAAUUCAACUUAGUACGACCAGUUUGCAAAACUAUCCCAAAACUUCAUGUUUUGGAUAGAGAGAUCUCCAGGCAAUUCAAAAAGGAAUCUGAUAAAAGAUAUAAAGUUGAGCUUUACAAUUAUGACAAGAAAAAUGGCACAUUAAGCUUUUCAAAAAUAGUAAAUCUACAACAAGAGGACAUAAAUUAUAGUAUUUUUGUUGCAGUGUAUAUCAACUGGAGUCCACGUCACGUCUACCCAAGGGGUGCAAUUAUAGGAAUACUUCCGACUGGACAAAGCGUAGAGCAGGACCUGUUGAUAACCAACAUUACUCAUGAAGUUCCCUCCUUGUACCAACAAUCAACGGUGGAUGAAGUUGACCGUCUCCUACAACACACGAAAGCUGAGACAACAGAAGAAAAUUUAGAAGAUAGAACAAACUUAUGUAACUUAUGGACCUUCACAAUUGAUCCGCCAGGUACAGAAGACUUAGAUGAUGCACUAAGUGUAGAAGAUUCUGGACAUCACUAUAGGGUCGGGGUGCACAUUUCAGAUGUAUCAUCAUACGUAUCUAAAAAUUCAGGAAUCGAUUUGGAAGCAAAACAGAGGUCACAAACAUUUUACUCAAAUAUUCAAAAUGCUAGAUGUAUGCUCCCUGAACCGCUUAGCAAAAGCAUGUUCAGUCUUCUCCCAAAUAAACUACGUAAAACACUGUCAAUUUUCUUUCAAAUCGAUAAAGAAAGUUUUGAAAUAGAACAUUCAGAUGUUAGUAAAACAUUUAUCAAGUCUAAAAAAAGGUUUACCUAUAGAGAGGCUCAAGAUAUCAUUUCUUCAAAGGAAACACGUGGCGUUGAUAAAUGUAAUGACCAGAUUCAAAUUUUAUAUAAAAUUUCAAAAACACUUCGAAAAAGACGAUUAAAAAAUGCAAGUUUUGCUUUAGAAACAUACUUUGAAGAAUCGCCACUUGCAAACGAUGACAUCGGAACAUUUCAAGCUCAUAAUUUAGUUGAAGAGUUCAUGAUCUUAGCGAAUAGAACAAUAGCAGAAAAGUUGUUAAAGUCAAAAAAUAGAAAUUGUAUACCGCUACGUUGUCAUCGUCCUCCAUCAGAGGAAGAUAUUAAAGAAUUUCUUGACGCCAAUGAAAGUCAUAUCGACAUUGUAUGCAGAUUACAAGAUAAGCGAAUCGGAACGAGAAUACCAAGUUUCCUUUCCAACGUUGAAUCGCGUGAAAAACAUGUGAUGGUUUUUAAACACAUCUGGAAAGCUAUGCUGACCAAUGAUAAACAUACUACAAACUAUUUAAGGAAAGACGAUCUACAUCCUAUUCAAUAUCUUAUUUACCAAAAUUGGAUUGCAAUACAGGAAACUGGAGUGUACAGAUGUUCAGGACGCCUCAAAAGAAAUGAGGAAACACAUUAUGGUUUAGAUAUUUGGCCAUACACGACAUUUACAUCGCCGAUUAGGAGAUAUAUUGAUCUAGUUGUACAUCGGAUGGUUCAUGCAACAUUAAUCACUGAUAAAAACUGUCCAUAUUUACAAGAUGAAUUGGUCGAAAUUUGUCAGCAUGCAAACAUGGUCAGUAAAAAAGUGAAAGAUUAUGAGAAAAGUUGUAAAACUAUCAAACUAGCGACCGACAUUGGCAAAUGUCCUCGAGUGUUCACGUGCUAUGUUACCAAGUGCACUGACAGAGAAAUAACUGUAAGCACACCUUCUCUCAAAGAACCUGUUUUCAUCCAAAAAGAAAUUCAAUUUAAUCUAUUGGAUAUUAUAGAGAAGCCGGUCACGAUUCCAGAUUAUAAUACUAACUCAGACAGUGUAAAAGUAGUUUUGAGGAAACGUUUAUAUGAUUUUCAUCCGGUCAUUGGAACAACUUUGGAAGAGCGCACACAGGAGCUUAAUCCAAAUGCGUCCGUUGUUUCUUUUGUUCCUUUAUCUACAUGGGUACAAUUACUUCGAAGAAGUCUGUCUGUCAAAAGUGAUGAUCAGAGUUGUUAUGAUCUAAUUAAAAAUACAAAAUUGGAACCUUCUACAGGCUUAACUGAUGUAACAACAGAAAUUGCAAAGGAGAUUGAAGCAGAUCCGGCAAAUGGAAAAGAAUCUCGAAAAUGUCUUGUCUUUAAACCAAGUACGACAUUUGCACUUAAAUUCUGUCGUGGGCAACGACUGGACAUUCAAAUGAUACCAUCUCAACAGAAAGGAAUAGCAAUUCUCAAAGCAUCACUUAUCAGUUUGACAAACAAUGUUAAAUUGUGUCUUCAACACACAGAUGAUCCAGUACUAUAUUUAUCACGAUAUUCGUUGAAAGCUACUUAUGAUUGUUACAAAGAUGUGAAAACGUAUCUUCAUAUCUGGCUCCCUAUUCUUAACAUGGAAGCGGCAAAAUGUGUUCUGCGAAAUGAAGAGUCGUUUACUCUACUUGAUUACCCAGUCGACUUCAAUCAAGACAGAACGGGAACAUUUGUUCUUGAUGAAAAUGACUGUAGGAUGAGAAACAUUGAAUUUUUUGGAUUUUGUUUUGAGGACGAAAGCCGUAAUAAUUUCAAAUUCCCAUCCUAUGACUGGUUGUGCAUAAAAUCCAGUCAAGACUGUUUAGUUAGAAAUGAUUCACAGUGUAAAUCAAAAUAUUUUUGGGUAAGUCACGCAAAUAUAACUGGCGUUCAGCAGAAAACUGGAAAAUAUAAAGUAACGUUUUCACUCCAUGAUUCUGCAAGAACUGAUGCAAUUAUGUUCAACAAAGAAGCACGGUUUCACAUUGAAGUGUUAAAGAAAUCCGAAGUAGAUAGGAGAACAGAAAGUUUGAUCCAGGAGCUUGAAAAUGGUUCUCUUUGUGCUAAUAUUGCUCUUAGAAAACACAUCCCUAAAUUAGAUGAUGAGUUGAUAGAGAUAGCAGAUAAAAUGGAUAAAGAUCUGGUGAUUAAAAACGAAGACGAAAAUGACUGGAAGCCGUUACCAAAGAACAAUUGUAUGCAAACAGAUGCGAUUUGUAAGGCAUUAAAAUCCCGUUUCACACUCAUACAAGGGCCACCAGGAACUGGAAAAACCCAAACAGCUAUUAAGUUGAUAUGUCUAUUUACAAAAAUGAACAGAGAAAAACGACAAGAUCAGAUUGGUAGAAACCAGGUACUUUUCUGCGGACCAUCAAAUAAGUCUGUGGAUUUAGUUGCAAGGUGGAUGUUAACUCGGAUGGGUGAACAUCGACCAAAAUUUGUCCGUAUAUACGGUCAAACAAUAGAAUCUGACGUACACCCAAUACCGGGCAAAUGGUUUCUCUCAAAGAGAAGUGCAAAAACCCAGUCUGCAGACCCUGCAUUGGAAGCUGUUUCACUGCACAAUCUCAUCCGACAACAUGGGAAUAAAUAUGCCGAUAAAAUCCGAGAAUAUGAAACGAUAUUUGAACGCAAUGAUAAGAAACGAAUACCUGCAAAAGAAAGACGAUAUAUCAAGCUGAUUGCAAGAGCAUCUAUUGAAGAAAUGAAAGACUACGAUGUCUUACUUUGCACUACAGCGGUUGGUGCCAAUCCAAAACUAAUUAAGGCAUCAAAUGUGUCUCAGAUCAUUAUUGAUGAAGCUGGCAUGUGCCCAGAGCCACACUGCCUUGUUCCUAUCAUUGCUACAAAGCCGGAACAGGUCGUCCUUAUAGGGGAUCACAAACAGCUUAGACCAAUCAUUAUGUGUAAAAGGGCAGCAGAACUCGGGCUAGACAAGUCAUUGUUUGAGAGAUAUGCGCACAAACAUUCGUCAACGAAUGUUUCGUUCGUUAUGCUAAACGAGCAGUAUCGUAUGCAUCCUCAAAUAUGCCAGUUUCCUUCUGAACAAUUUUAUGAUGGUGCUUUGAAGACUUAUAGAGGAUAUUGCGCAAAAGAUCAAUUAGAAAUCUGGCCGCACGAUCAUCAAACUGUGUAUCCUCAUGUUUUUAUCAACAUAGAAGGUGAGGAAGAAAUUUUAACUGUCUCUACAGAGGAAGGGAACGAACAGUCGAGAAGUAAUUUUGAAGAGGUUAAACAGGUUGUCAAAGUUUAUGGUUACUUUACAAAAACAGUGCCAUCAGAGUCAGUUCAAAUUAUUUCACAAUACAAUGCGCAAUGCCAUGAAAUAAAAAAAGAGCUGAGGAAGGAUGGGUUUGUUGAUGUAAAUGUCAGCACAGUUGUGACGAGUCAAGGUGGAGAAUGGGACUAUGUAAUAUUCAGUACCGUCAGGUCAUUACCGUCGUAUAAGAUAGAACGACAUCCAACUCUUGGGUGGUGCAAACAAAAUCUCGGUUUUAUUACUGACAGAAACCAAGUAAACGUUGCCUUAACCAGAGCCAAAAAGGGACUGAUCAUAAUAGGAAACAAAAAUCUACUUUCUUGUGAUGAAGUAUGGAAAAAUCUUAUUGACUACUACGAAGCAAGAGGUUGUAUAUUGUCUCCAGAUAAAUUCCCACCACCUUUCAAGAAAACAAGGCAACAGAUUAUGAAAGAGGAAAUCCAAAAGCAUGCACGGAGAUUUGGGACAAAGAGUAACAAAGGGCCACAAGGAAAGAUAAUUCAUCAACAGGGAAAGGGUAGAAGGAAAUAAUUUUUGGCAAUAUAAUUGGCUGAAUAACUUUCAAUAUUUGUAAAUCAAUUAUAUCAUUUUGAAUGAUAUUUAUGAAAUUGGUGCAGAAUGUAAAUGUGAAUAAGAUCUAGAAUGGAAUUUAUUGCUUAAUGUCAUGAUGCCAUAAUACAGUGAAGUCAUAAUUAUUGCAAUGUCUAUAAAUUGAAUGUAUUUUGUUAUAUUUUUUGAAACAGAUAUAUACAUUUUCAUGUAGUGAAUGUUAGAUUCUUUGGAUUUAAUUAUAUGUGAUAUUUCAUUUGUCUACAAAAAGCUUUUAACAAAUGUAUGAGUGACAUAUUAUUAUUUUUAUAUAUGGUUGUUUGCUCCCCUGUCUUCCGCAAUUAAAAUAUUGAUAGAUGGCCAUAUUAACCUUAUGUACAUGCACAUUAUAUUGUUUGUGUUCAUCAUAUGUUGAAAAAUGUGACUGUUUUUGCAACAAAUUGACUUGUAAGAUGUAGAUGCAAAACAUGGUGACAAACUAUUGAAGACUGUAGAUUUUAAACAAGAGUUAUGUGAUGAGACCCAAAGGGUCAGUUUUCUGACAUGUGAAAACUCUGACAUAUGAUGUCUUAAAGUAAUUUCCCGUUUUUAUAUUGAAAUGUUUAAAAAUAUCCUAAAAUGGAUUUUUUAAAUGUCUUUAGGGCCAAAGAUAUAUUUGAAUAUUUGUGUGUUAUUUUUAGUUUUUAAGCAACAUUCCAUUCCAUAACUUUUUCCGUUCUAUUGACAACAAUUUGCCGCUGAUUACUUAAGAAAAUAUUGCUGAUUGUUUAUACUCCUGACUUUUUUCACAGAAUAUUUCGUUUUAAACAGGCCUUUAAAACUUAGUUUAGUGUUACAGGUCAUACAGCGAGGUGCAUUUAUAACAUGUAUAAAGUUUGUUGGAAUAAAGAAUGUGUGUCAUUUAAUCCUCCGAUCCUAUUUUAUAGUAAAUCAUUAUUGAACUUUGCAAUAUAAAUUGUUUUUCCAUUAGUUAAAUUGUUGGUUGUUCUUUCUGGAGUUAAAAGUAGUAAGGAACUUUUUAGCUUUACAUUAUUUGCACUUGGUUUUUACAUUUUGAAUUACUUAUAUUACUGUUUGUAUCAGCUUGAAUAUGCCUCUUUCUAAAGUCAUUGAUGCUGGUCAUAUGAGUCAAUAUUGAUAUCAAUUAAUUCAUAGCAUUCAUAACAAACCAUUUUAUGAGUGUUUUUUUCGAUUAAUGAUAUCAUGAUAUCUACAAUAAAUAGUGUGUAUGUUUUAAUUAACCAGUGCAUAUGUAUUUGAAGAAAUAAAC